AUGAGGGAUUCAAGUGAGGUGAAGGUAGACCCGGAAGAGGAAGCGCGCGCGGAGAGGAAGCGGCGGCAGCGGCAGGCGCAGGAGGAGUUCCGGCUCAAGCAGCUGAUGCGGCAGAAGACUGAUGACUCUUCGGAGCUGAAGAACGGCAGCAGCAUCGACCGGCUGCUGAUGGACAUACCCUCGCAGGACAUCGUCGUCCGGGAGAGCGGGAAGCGGAAGACGCCACCGCCGGAGGGCAGCGCCAAGCGGAGAGGCGGCUGCGGGUUGGACAUGGUAGACUAACCGUAUGCUUAGACAUGGUAUAGUUGCACGAUUUGUAUCUGGCUCAGAACGGCUAAUCCUUUGUCUAUUGUUAAGUAAAACCGCACGUGCAAAAAAAGGGUCGUAUAACCAUCAAUAGUCUAAGAGUCCAGUACAAUAACGCCCUCAGGAUGCUGUUGGGGCUGCCUCGCUGGUGCAGUGCGUCGCGCAUGUUUCUAGAGGCUAACACGGAUGGCUUUAAUACGAUACUGCGGAAACGUGUUGCCUCCCUGAUGCGCAGAGUGCGAGAGAGUACCAAUAGCCUCCUGAGUGCUGUUAUUGAAAAGUGUGAGUGCCCUGUUAUGAGGCAUUGGAACUAUUUGCAUACAGGCGACAGACCUCUCAUUUUUAAUGUAAAAUAAUUAGGAAUUUAAUUGUUUAAUUUUGAUUUUAAUUUUAAUUUUGAUAUAUUAUUAUUACAUGUUAAUUAGUUUUGUGUCGUGGAUAUUAUAAUAAUUAUUAAUUAUUUUAAUGUAUGUUUAGUAUGUAGGCACUAACUCUUAAAUGUAAGUACUUGUAAUACUAACAAUUUUAUGGACCUAUGCAGUCUGAAGUAAAUAUAUUGAAUUGAAUUGAAUAAAUUCUAAUAGGCACCUGAGCGCGGGCUACUCCAACGCUAAAAAAAACAUGUAGGUGAGCUCUCCGAUAACGCGCCUUUAUUACGCAUCUCGAUGACACAUUUUAGACUGGUUCUGUAGCGUUCGACUCGCCGGCACUCAGUAACCGAAGUUCUGGGUGCCGGCUCACUGCCGGCGAGUUGAACGGACCACACACAUUGUAACAAAAUUAGUUCAUUUUGAAUCUUAUUGCAAUUUCCAUAGGAGUUGUAAUUCAAUUACCUGGGUAAAGUGAACGAACGAUUUUUUAUGCAGGUGGUUGUGGCACGUGGCACGAGCGGUUUUACUUAACAAUAGACAAUAGGAUUAGCGUCGGGCUCUAUUAGGAAACUACGAACUAUACCUAC